AUCAGCAUCAUUGGCCCCGUCACCAUCUCAUUAAUGCAUGCUUGCUGGGCCCUCCAAACUCUUUCUAGCCAGCCUUCUCAUCCCGUCAAUCGACACCUACACCUGCCAAUCUCGUCUACGACGAAAAUCCCAGCAACAAAAAAGGCCAGGGACAGGAAUCCCACGCUUGCCAUGAGAAACCCUGCGGACCUUCCACUGGAACUCUUCACUAGUGUGCUAGAUGAUGUCCUGGCGGAGGAGUCCACUGUCAAUCAAGCUUGCCAUCUGUUGCUGAUAGACCAUAAAUGGCAACGGAUCUUGCUCCCCUGGAUCUAUACUAAAUGGACCUAUGAUGGAGCCCAGCACUCUUUCCACUCCCUUUGGAAAUUUUGGCUAACGGUCAACCGCAACCCUGAUAUUGCUGGCUUGGUAGAAACACUGGUAAUUGGCAAUUGGGGAUUCAACGAGUACGAAACACUGGGCCAUGACUUUGAUUAUACCCUGGAGACUUCGGAUCUUGAUCUUAUGCGCGCUAAGAUCUAUACAAUUGGAUUGCAAGACCACGAGGAGACUAUCCUUAAGGAUCUGGCACGCGGUGACCGUCGGCCAAUCAUGGCACUCCUUCUUACCUGUUUCCCAAAUGUUACUGCGAUCGAUGCACACGUGCCUAGAUCUGACCCUAUCUUGGGCGCCGUCCUUCGUCGUAUUUUGGCUCAGCGCAAGAGGGCGGCGAGUGCUGCUAAACGCACCACCUCUACAGAUGGACCUCCAAUUCCAUUGACUCGUUUGACCUCCAUUCGUCUGUGGUGUGAAGUCUAUAUUGAAACCGACUUGGAUCUAAAUGGUGCCUAUGUGGACAGGGCCCGGCUGCGUCUAGACGACGUGUGGCCGCUUCUCUUCCUCCCAGGCCUCGAGACCCUUGGACUAUACGAGGUGGACUUUCAGGGGAUGUUAGGAAUAUUGAGGGCUCAGGGCCAUGGACAUGGACAUGGCACUAUCCAAGAUCUUACAGUGGCUUGCGCAUUAUACUCAGAAGCAGCGCUUGAAGAUUUUCAGGCGUUCAUGGCUGCCAUGCGCCGGUUACAACGGUUCUCAUUCAGCUUUGAUGAUAUGUAUUGUGGGUUUGCCGAUGUCGAUCCCCCACUGGUUAUAUCCAACUCGGAUCUCUGGCCAAUCCUGAAAAGGCACCAGCAGUCGCUGCAGGUCCUUGAUAUUUACCGGCACGCGGAUAGGAGAUCUUAUGAUAGACAGAUUGGGCAUACCAAUGAACUUGCCGGGUUUAGGCAGCUUCGGCAUCUGUCUCUUCAGGUUGAUACGUUGCUGGGAGGCGACACAGAGUCUCCCCCGCCACCCACUCUAGUCCAGGAUUCCCUUCCUGCUGGACUACAAACACUUACAUUCUACCAGGGCGAAGGGCUCAAGAUGAUCCAUAACCUUGAGGCUCAAAUCGCAAAUCUGGUCUCUAGCAAGAAGUUCCCUUCCCUUACACGCAUUACACUUGAAGAUAUGCACCACUCUAAUUUUGCCCGCGCUAUGUUCGAGUCACAGUCCCUCCAACACAUCCUUCACACCGCGGGAACAAGUAUCUCCUUUGCGAGCAGUAAUCCCCACCAGGACCCCCUGGGUACAAAUUACAAGCUGGUGGCAGGUGGGAGAAACCCAACCCUCUCGCUCGAGUCAUAUAAGUUGCGACUCUCUGGCCAGCAGCGAUACAGAAUGGUCAUGGACCAACUGAACCCAAUGGAGGAGGACACCGACCGGGAGCCCAGCACCGCAGGGGACAUGGACUUUGGCCCGCAUGAGAGAUACUGCCUCCCGUUUACCGACCACCGCGGGAGCACUGCAUACAUGGUCUUUAAUGCCUAUGCCAAGUGUCCCCUGCCCAAGCUCUACUCGUUCGCCGUAUACCUCACGCACAGGGAUAUUGACCCCCAUCACCCAGAUAUCCACGACAGUCUCAAGGCCUUUUAUGAGGCUGCGACCUCAACAGACUGCGACAACCUCGCUGUACCAGACAUCUGGAGACUAGACUUCUACUUUGUCCCUGGGGCCACAGAUACCCAGUGCGUGGAACAUUUCCACAGCGAGCUAGCCGUCCGUGGGACCUUUGAUACAACAAUUCAAAGGUACCGCGAGGACCGCCGCGAAGACCCGCCUCGCGAACCUCCAAGCCAUCCAGGAACACUACCCGGCAUGGUGGACUGGUAUGAUGAUCAUUUGACCGCGGGUCAGAUGCUAUUUAUCUGCGAGGACAUACCCAGUCCGGCCGCGCAUGGAUCAUCGGACCCGGGGUGGGUCAUGUGGCAGGUGUGGUUCGGUUCGAAGCCCACAAGGAAACCCUGGGAAAUGGAGGAGUGGGAAAGGGAGUAUUUUGGGCUAAGUGAGUAUGCCAAUGGUCCUCCCGAAGGGUGGGUUGAUGGGAAUGCUGGUGAUGGUGAUGGUGGUGAUGAGGGUACCAGGAAUAGUGAUGGCGAUGCAGGUGGUGAACAACAACCCACCUCAGCACCACGCAUCGUGAAAUCUAGGUGCACGAUGACUCGAGAAAAUCCCUUGUGGGACGGGGAGGAUGUCAUAAUUUUUGGGGCCAUCAUGUCCGCCAACCGGCCCAUGGCGCACGAGAAAGUUAGGGACUUCUGGACUAAUGCGAAGGCGUGGGGGUGGAAGAAUUGGUAG